UGUGAUUCAGAAUGAGAAGAAGAGAAGGAAUUUAAGCCUUUUCAGGUAAAGGGUUCUGAGAAAUAGAAGGAAUUAAAAAGAAGAAUUAGAAAAUGAGUACAGCAAGAUUCAUCAAAUGUGUGACUGUGGGCGAUGGAGCUGUGGGGAAGACAUGCAUGCUUAUCUCUUAUACUAGUAAUACCUUCCCAACGGAUUAUGUUCCGACAGUGUUCGACAAUUUCAGUGCCAAUGUUGUGGUGGAUGGAAGUACAGUGAACCUUGGACUAUGGGACACUGCAGGGCAGGAAGAUUACAACAGACUGAGACCACUAAGUUAUAGAGGUGCUGAUGUGUUUCUAUUGGCUUUCUCUCUCAUUAGCAAGGCCAGCUAUGAGAAUAUCUCCAAAAAGUGGGUCCCUGAGCUGAGACAUUAUGCUCCAAAUGUUCCCAUCGUGCUGGUAGGAACCAAGCUUGAUUUACGUGACGACAAGCAGUUUUUGAUGAACCAUCCUGGAGCAACACAAAUCACGACGGCUCAGGGUGAGGAACUGAAGAAGAUGAUUGGUGCAGCAGGUUAUAUCGAAUGCAGCUCCAAGACUCAGCAGAAUGUUAAAGCAGUGUUUGAUGCUGCAAUCAAGGUUGUUUUGCGACCUCCAAAACCGAAGAAAAAGCACAGGAAGCCAAGGCCAUGUGUGUUUCUCUAGUUCAAUUUCAUGUUAAUAUCUUACAUGAAAUUAUUACUGUUCGUUCCUCUUACAAGUUUUCGUUUCUGUUGCUGUCACUCUUAAGAGGUUAUGCAAGAUCACUAGAAAAGCCUGAUAGAUGUCUUGGAUUUCUUUGCUGCUAUUGGCUCUUAGCAUUUGCAGUAGUCCCCAUUUUGUUCUCCAUGGCAGGCAUUUAUGUUUAGGCAAUUGCCUCUGUUUUUUUUUUUUUUUGGAAGUAUAUUUCAUGUACAAUUUUCUUAUUA